AUGCUGCGCCUCCUGGGGCUCGUCCUCAGCUCCUCGCUAUGGUCAUCAACAUCCGCUGCUGAUCUGCCCUACUGCGCAUUCAAGCAGGAGCCGCCCGGGUGCAAGCUGCAGUUCCUGUGCAAGAACAGUAUUGAUAGCAACUGCGUCAAGGAGUGCAACUACACCGGAUUCGGGGCCAACUACGCCGACUGCAUCUUUCUCGACAUGGCCAUGACACAUCAGGGCGUGGUGAAGGCUUUCUACGCGUACAGAGAUGGGGCCGACCACUUGAUGACGCGUCGCCAACGCCUCUACGUGAAAACGGACAUGCUGCUGAACUGCAAGACAAACCCCUUCUAUCUCCGCUACCCGAUCCCGGAGAUGAUGGUCAUCCCCGACGAGUGCACCCCUGAGCACGACCUCGAAAAAAUCCUCUGCACCCGAUACGUCCCCCCGCUUGAGACCCAGAACUUUUUGAACCUCCUCGAACUCGUCGGCGGCGCUGCGCUCACCGGCCUCAUCGUCGGCAUCGUUGUUGCUUUCAUCGUCAAACGGACACGCGCCUACUACUGGCGCCUGGAGCACUCACCCGCCAAGCCCGGAAAGUCCGUGCUGUACUCGGAGCAACCCGCCAGCGCUGCCGCCUCGACAACCAGUAACGCGGAGAGGAGUGCCGCCGACACGAGCACGUUCACCCCGGCUAACACGCCGGACCCGGCAAAAACCGUCGACGAUGUGUCCGUCGACACCGUGGAGGCCGCGGAGCCCAAGACGAAAAGUGACAGGGAGGGGCCGGCUCCCCCGGAAGCAGCCAACGCGACGGGCCAGCCCGCCAACAAGAAGGCGGCCAAACGGCGCUCGGACCCUAAGGUCGGCUCGAAGAAUGAGAAGAGGAAGAAAAAGUCGUGCCCCACCGAAAACACGCCGCCAAAGCCGAGGGCUCGACUUGGCAACCGGGCCGACGUGUUGGCCGCACAGGAACGUGUCCUAGACGAAGUGCCAUCGGACCACAGCAAAGAAGAGUCGAAGAGUCGAGCUGAG